AUGGCUGAACGAUCUGGGAACGAAGUGGGUAAAACCACGGGCCUGGCUGGGGCAUUUGAUGCGCAGACUUUUGGAGGAUGCACAACCGACUCGCAGCAAGUGCAACAGCACCAAUGCGGCCAUGCCCGAAGAGGCCUAGGCGAGGGGCCCCCCGCGGCGCUGAUUGGCCGCCAUCAGCAGCCACAAGGCGCCACCGGGCUAGCCUCGGCUGGGCAUUUUCCCAGGGAUCCAGCAGGCGCACCCAAUCAGUCAUCACCGUCACCGUCACCCGUCACCGUCACCUUCGCUGCCAGCGUUGCCUCGUCUCCCUCUGAUCUUUGGCCCUUCGCUUCCCCUUCCAAGUUCCCGCCAACCAGGCUGCCGACCCUGACAAGCUCUGGCCUGACCCGAUCUUCCCGGCCUGCAGCAGCAGCGAUUGAUUUACCCCCUCAGGCAAGUCUCUUUAACUCUUACGGCCGUGCUCCGACGCCUCUUUACCUGGUUCGAAUUUGUUCCCAUCUCGGGACUUAUUAUUAUUACUACUGA